AUGGAUAGGUAUCAGAGGGUGGAGAAGCCCAAGACGGAGAGUCCUAUAAACGACAACGAUAUACGCAUUACAACUCAAGGUAGGAUGCGCAAUUAUAUCACCUAUGCCACCACUCUCCUCCAGGAGAAAGGGUCUGAAGAAAUUUCUCUUAAAGCAAUGGGCAAAGCUAUUAAUAAGACUGUAAUGAUUGCUGAACUCAUUAAGAGAAGGAUUAUUGGUUUGCAUCAAAACACUCAAAUUGGGUCGAAUGAUAUAACUAAUACGUGGGAGCCUCUAGAAGAAGGCCUUCUUCCUUUGGAGACUACUCGCCACGUUUCAAUGAUCACCAUUACUUUGUCAAAGAAAGAAUUGGAUACAUCCUCCAUGGGAUACCAGCCUCCUCUUCCAGCUGAUCAAGUAAAACCGUUAAAUGAAUAUGACGAGGAAGGAGAAGGCUCACCAAGGGUGCGAGGAAGAGGACGUGGUGGAAGGGGAAGGGGAAGGGGAAGAGGAAGGGGAAAUUACGAUGGAGGUAUGGAAUACAGUAAUGGUUGGGAUGGUGGCAGAGGACGAGGCCGUGGAGGCUUUGGUGGGAAGUCAGUAGGGUACUACGAUUACAAUGAGUAUGAUGCACAACCAGCAGCCCGUGGACGUGGACGGGGAAGGGGAAGAGGCCGGGGAUAUGGUCGCAAUAAAUUAUAG